GGAGAAGGUCAUGGACUUCCUGUCCCUUUCGCUCAGGUGGUCGCGCUUCACGGUCAGGAGCCCUAUAAUAUUCACGGUGAAUACUUUUAUCCCGUUCUUCGGACCCAUAACGCGCGGCAUCGCCAAACAGCGCGACGAGAGAUCGACGUGGUCUGCUGGUAAGUGACCUGUUCUUCUUAUACAUACAUACAGUCACCAUCACGAACACUCUCGAUGAGUUGCCUCUACCUUCUACGCCCACAUAUCCCUUUACUGGCGGAGUACCUCCUCGCUUACGUCGAGACAAUCUUGUCACAUCCAUUGGCAAGAGUCCCACGUCCACAAGCAUCCUUCUCUUAACAGACCGAGAGCUCACAAGAUCCGAGACCAGGUUGGCGACACAGUUCCAACAGCAAGCAUAAGAUACCGCACCACCGCCUCUUCCAGAAGAUUCACGCGGCAAACGCGAACGCGCAGAUUCACCGAGCGAAGCGGACGAGAUGACGGGACAAAAGAGACUCAUGGUCGGACUGGGUGUAUCUACCACACCUCUGACCUAUCGGAGGUCGGAGGGCCACAAGCAUGACUCUGAUUGUGAAAGCAGGGGAUAUUUUGGCAACUCCGUGUAGAACGAGGUCUUGGAUCGCUGCGUUGGCAUGGUUUUGGAUCAAUGGCUUCUGCGCUGGCCAAUCUAUCGACCUACACGACAGCCCAUGGUCCGGUUGCUCAUCCAAUGUCCAUCAAAGACAAGAGCAUUGGCGACUGCGUGUUCUCCUGUUGACAGGAGCAGUAAGAUAGCCCAUAGAGGGAACGGCGUCGGCAGGGAAAUUCACCAACGGAAUCCUCACCACGACUCUCAAGGGACGC